AGUGGAGUGGAGGCUACCCUCAUCUUCAGUAAACAAUAGGUCCUUGUAUAUUUGACCCCCUCUUUAGCAGAGAGGAGUCCAUGGCUAGGGCUGAAGCUGGGAUGGAAUUCCAUCUUUGCCAGAUUUAGAUGGUAGAAACACUCUGUAAAAAGCCAGUAUUAGGAGGGUCAUACCUCUGGGGCUAUUUGUUCUUAUUUACAACCACAUCAAUAAUCAAUUAUCAUUCUCUCCUUUUUUUUCUCUAGCUGUGGUGGCCCUCAUUGAUUGUCUAUACUUGCUGUACCACAUGAUAUCUCCCCCUUGGCUGGGUGACUGAUUACUAACCUAUAUUUGAGUGGGAUUAGCCCCAAUGGUGCUGCUGGGUCAUUAAAACGUGGUUGACAAUGAUUUAUUUGUCCUUUGACCUUAUCUUUUGUUCUAUAAUUUUGGUUAUACAAUCUAAAAUUAAGACAAAUUACCUUUCUUAGUAGUAAAAACACUUCUGUCUUGUAUGUCAUUUAUAUUCACUAAAUCUCCCUUCAGCCGCUUGAUUGCAACUUCUAGUGAACAAAAUUAUUUUAAUUAAAUCCACAUAAUUUGGGACAUUACGAGACUGCUUGUUAGUUCCUGUGAGAGAAAAGGUUUUGUUAUCUCCAACCUCAUCUUAAAAGACAUCCGAUAACCUUUAUUCUUCUUCGCGUGACCGACCCACCCUUUUUGCGGAGGUGUGUUGCGGGUAUUUCAGCUUCCUUUUAGCAUGUUGUGGAAAACCAGAAUAACCUGCUUUGCUCUAAAUCACUUUACUUGCUCAGAAGUGCACGCAGUCACCUGACCAGCCUGACCCACCUGCCUUCUGCCUACUACUUGCUUUCAGUGAACACACAUGCCAGCAAGAAAUCCAGAGUCAUGUCUAAUAUUAAUCAAGGCCAAUUUCAUCUGUUAAGUGAGAGAAAAUCCACGGUACAAAGAGGCUGAAACAUCCCACACUGCUCCUCUUACAUGAUUGGAUCAAGAGAAAGGAAGCACUUGAUCCUUACAAUUGAAUUAUGUCAGUUAAUCACUUUCUGAGUUAAUGUCAUUUCAGUGUUAAUAAUAUUUGCAGAGUAAAAGAAGGUAAUCAGUCUUCCGUCCAAUGUCAGAGGGAAUUCGGUUGACAAUCAUGAAAAUUGACCUCAAGAUUAUUUUGCACAUGCCCCUGCAUUGGAGUAAAUUUGGCAAACAUUGCAUGUAUUACAAGCAGGAUUGAGAACAGAUUUAGAGAUUUAUUUUAAUAUUUUACUUAAGCUUUAAAGCAUGAGCUUUUCCCCCCCUGCUUUUCUGCUGACCUAAAACAGGCGUUUGUUCAACCAGAAGAUAUUAUCAUUUUACACAAAUGAGUCCCAACAAAAUGACCGAAAACACUAAAAUAUUAUUAGUUAUAGUUACCACAUCUUCUAUAUUUAGGUGAUACUGCAACCAAAGCAAAACCGAGAGAAUGUUUACCAAUUAUUAUACAGUUACGUACUUAUACUGGAAUUAAUAAGUGAUAUAACGCUAUACCCCCAGGGGAAUGGGAAGGGAAUAACUUAUUGAUUUUACUAGUGUAUAGAAUCAUAACAUAACAACACCAACCUCCUGAGGUCAGUCUGGACAAGAUAAACACUUUGUUUACACAGUUUGCAAAGAGCUGCUUAAUGGAGUCCUUAUCAGGCACAUCCUGAAGUGAAUGUAGAGGGCUGUUAAAAGGCAGACAGAUCACAAUGCUAAUUGGCAAAUGGAAAAUGACACCCGCAUAUUAAUAAGAGCUGAUAACUACCAGGAAUGAUGUCGCCAUCAUCAUCGUCCGAGGCAAACAAAUGCACCUAUCACUGUGUCUCAACAGUAACACGGUGCAGAAUAAUAUGUGUUCAGUAAAAUGGGGAUUUUCUUAAAACCGAAGUGUCAUACACUGAUUAUAAGACACACCACAGUAACUACGCUGUUUAAUAGACUUUAAAUAUAUGCAUUCAUUUGCAUGCCAUAGUGUCAGACCAACUGUGCGUGUGUAAUAAUUGUGCAAACAAGAGUAGGGUUUUUUCAGCCACUGUAUUUCACUUUAGUACAGGACCUCAUAGCGUGCUGCACCCUUCCCUCUGUUUGUGUUAUUUCUGUCCAAAAUGUCUUCAUUGAUUUUAUUCAAAUGCAUGUGACGUGCUGUACUAACCUCCUAAGCGAUACAAAAGAGGAUGAAUCAGUCCUGCCAGCUUUCAGUAUGAGGGAAGUGGAUUUGAUGCCUCUCUGUUAGUAUCUGUGCUGCAUGAUAAGAUCAGCCUAGGAAACUUCACAGUUCCAAAGUUAUCAGAGUCCAAUAUGGGAUUUGGUGUGCUGGGAGUGUUUCUGGGGCUGCUCCUAGAGGUCUCCACCCAUGGACCCCAUGCUGUGCCUCGAACCUCCUGGAGACACCAAGAUUUAGAUCUGAUGGAGUUUUCAGAGCCUGACAUCUUCAACUAUUCUACGUUGUUGCUGAGUGAAAAAAAGGAUGCACUGUAUGUGGGAGCCCGGGAGGCCAUCUUUGAGCUCAGCAAGAAGAAUGUGACAGUCAGAAACAACAAGGUUCAGUGGACAGUUGCACAGCACCCUAUGAUGAUGUGCACGCUUAAAGGAAAAUCAAAAGAGAGGGAUUGUCUAAACUACAUUCGAGUGCUCCAAGUCGUAGACGAUGAGCGUCUGUACGUCUGCGGCACACACGCCUUUCAACCUCAGUGUGACUACUUGAACCUUGCAGACUUUUCGUUGGACGGUCGACCUGAAGAUGGCAGGGGGAAGUGCUCCUUUGACCCCUCACAAAGCUUUACUACUGUCAUGGUUGACGGAGAGCUGUACUCGGGGACAGCUUAUAACUUCUUAGGCAGUGAACCGAUUAUUUCCAGAUACUCUCCAUCGCAGUCUCUGCUGAGGACAGAGUACUCCACAUCAUGGCUCAAUGAGCCCAGUUUUGUUUUUGCCGACGUGAUCAGGGAAGGGACAAACCGAGUAGAUGGUGAUGACGAUAAAAUCUACUACUUCUUUACUGAGGUGUCAGUGGAGUAUGAAUUCUUUGGCAAGCUGCUCAUCCCCAGGGUGGCGCGCGUCUGUAAGGGUGACCUCGGGGGGCAGCGCACUCUGCAGAAGAAAUGGACGUCCUUCCUGAAAGCUAAGCUGGUGUGCUCCAUGCCUGAGCUCAACUUCGUCUUCAACGUAGUACAUGAUGUCUUCAUCCUAAAGGGGGCAGACUGGAGGGACACGGUCAUCUAUGGGGUCUUCACCUCCCAGUGGGGUAAUGUGGGUUUGUCAGCAGUGUGUGCUUACAACAUGACAGCUGUGGAAGAGGUCUUCUCCAAGGGCAAGUACAUGCAGAAGGCCACAGUGGAGCAGUCCCACACUAAGUGGGUCCGGUACAACGGCAUCACUCCUUCUCCGCGUCCAGGAGCCUGUAUCAACAACCUGAUGCGACAGCAGAACAUUAGCAGCUCUCUCCACCUGCCAGACAAGACCCUUCAGUUUGUGAAGGACCACCCCCUGCUGGAGGAUCCCGUCCUGCCCAUUGGCAACGGGCCUCGCCUCAUCACCAAAGACGUGAACUACACUCAGAUCGUUGUGGAGAGGGUCAGGGCGCUCGAUCAAAACAUUUAUGAUGUCAUCUUCACUGGAACAGAUAAAGGUGUCCUGCACAAGUCAGUGGUGUUUGAAGGAGAAGUGCAUAUUGUGGAGGAGAUCCAGCUCCUGAAGAACUCCGAGUCAAUCAAGAACCUGCUGUUGUCCUCUGAGACACGAUCCCUGUACGCUGGUUCAGACUCGGGCGUAGUCCAGUCACCCACGGCCUUCUGCGGCAGGUAUCUGUCCUGCGAUGACUGUGUCCUGGCUCGUGACCCAUACUGCGCCUGGGACCUGCACACUGCUGCCUGUGUCAACAUCUUUGAUGCUCCCAGCAAACCCAAUGGGAGUCUAAUCCAAAGCCUGAAUGGUGACGCAGACAAGUGUCCUUCAGUGUCAGGUCGGUCUCUGAAGGACUACCAUAGUGUGAAAGUGAAACCGGGGAGCUCUGCUGAGCUGCCGUGCCUGGUGCGCUCCAACCUGGCCCAGGUGAUGUGGAAAUCCAAUGGCUCGGUUCUCACUGAAGCCUCUCGCUUCCACCUCAUAGGCGAAAAUGGUCUCCUUAUUUACAGCGUGGCUCCAGAGGAUCAAGGUCACUACGAGUGCUGGUCCGUGGAAUGGGCCCCUGCCGCCGGGAAGAACUUCAGCCGCCUUCUGGCUGCAUAUGUCCUGACUCUGGAUCUCCCACCCAGACCCCCGCACCAGACAGGCCACGUGACCACCACCCUCGGCAGCCAGGAGAUAUCUAGCGCACACGCAGCUGAAGGUAAUGGUAAGAUAGACAGAGCCCCACUAACUUCGGCCCUCGCCCCUCCCAGCUUCACAGCCACAGUCCAGUUCACCUCCCCACCCCAAACUGACUCAUCACUAACCCCACCCCCCAGCAGCACAAUCAAGUUCCAACAUCUGGCCCCGAGCUCCAGCACUCCUCGUCCAGGCAGCCAGGACCCAGCGGCUGAGUAUUUGCAGCACAACAACAGCACCGCCCUCCUCUUCCUCUUCCUCCUGUUUUUCCUCCUCUUCCUGGCCGCACUGGUGUACAACUGCUACAUGCAGUACCUCCCAGCCCCCUGCCUGCGGCUGCGAGCUGCUCUGCUGGGCAGUCACAAGAGCGCCAAUCAGCCCGAGUAUCGGGCCUGUGAAGCAGGUCUAAUGGAAGCGUCUGCAACUGACAAAAUUAACAUGACGGAGCAGCCGACGCAGAACGGCAGCCAAGCCACUCAGAACCUCCGGGCUCUCCGUGACACUGGGUACGAGACCGAGCCGGAGUGCGGCAAUGGUCGGAUCCCCUCUCACAGCUUUGGAGAUGACAGCCCCUCCCAGGAGAAACCCUUCGAUGUGGACUGUGAAUCUCAGCCCAUCCAGUUUGCAGAUGCAGAUUAACUUUACGUCUAGCCAGAAGCCUCUGUUUUGUUUUUGUUUUUCUUAGAGACUAUUUAUGGGGGUCACGCUUUUGCUGCAUCUUCCCACAACUUAUAAGUCUAAGUGGUUUCCUCCUAUGUGAAAGUAUGUUAAGUGUACAGCAUCAGAUGAAGUUUAAUCAUUAUAAUGCUUAAGUCAGGCGCCCCACUUGCCUGUAGAGAUUUAAAUCCUGCUGUCUGAUUUAGGGCUAAUGAUGAUAAAGCAAAAACUGUAUCCACGAAAGCUGCCCCCCCUCAGCUUAGUCCAGCAAGAAAAGCUAUUUCUUAAAUUCCAAAUUGGAAACAUUGUUUACCAAAUUGGUAAGUUACCUUGAUGUUUUCCAAAUUGGAGUCAUGUUUUUGUACAGCCUGGGUGAGAAAUAAUCUCUUGAAGCUUUUGCUUAAUUUCUUUUUUUCUUUUUCCGAAGCAAUGUGUAGGCUAUUGGACAUGGGUAAAUGCUUCAACAUUACAGUAAUUUCUCAGGGAAGAUUUGCUCAGUACAUCAUAGCCUGGCUUUGUUGUACAGUGUUGCCAUCUGCAGCACCUGGUAUGUGGGCCUUAAUCUCACCCAGUGCGGUGGCAAUGUAGGGUUUGAAGGUCAGAAAAAGAGGAAAAACAAGCGGACAAGUGCUGAAUUGCGCAUUAGAAAAAUGCUGGUAUAAAUCCAACCACUGUCCUGUGUGGA